CGCGAACAUGCGCAGUGGACAUGUGUGUCUCUGUUCCGCCUAAGCGCAGAGUGAUCUAUCCAUUCUACACUGGUAUUAGGUUGUAAGCAGAUGUCCUGCUGUAUACACUGGUAUAACAUGGUCACAGAUCACAAGACUUCAGGCACUGGACUGAGAAGCAUGGCGAAUAAACCUAAAGCAGAGCCUGGGUACCCCAGUCAUGAGGGAGAAGACCCGAUGUGCCCAAACAAGCUCAAGCUCAACAUCCUCUCUAGUCAAGAGAGGCCGGAACUGAUUGUCCCAGAACCUGACGAUGACGAUCCAGAUUUCGAAGGCCUUGAUGAUCCAAAAUCAAAACCGGGACAAAGAGCGAACACGACAUCGCAUCCAGCCAAAGCAAAAAAGCCAGAGGCUAAGGACAACACGCAAAAGAAGUGACUCAGAGAAGUUGUUGUUUGGCAGAGUGAUGGUAAACAGGGGCUUCAUGUCAGCAGCAGUAGAGCGGUGAACAGACUCUCAUGAACACACAAAUGACCUUGUCUCCUCGUGCAACCACUUCGGAGGUCAAAUGGCAUACACUGGACACACAAUUGCACUUCAUGUCCAUGGUUUUAAUUCAUAGUAUCAUCCAGGGCACGGUAUAAA